AUGGCGGAGUUAUCAGCAAUUGAUAAGGAGAAGCGCGGGGCUUUGGUUGUGGUGGAAGGAUUGGACCGUGCGGGAAAGUCCAGCCAGUGCGAAUUGCUGUACAAGAGCCUGUUGGGCAUGAAUUACAAGGCCAAAUACAUUCGAUUUCCAGAUCGGAGUACGCCUAUUGGCAAACAAAUUGAUAGCUAUCUACGCGGCGAGUCGCAAUUGGACGACCAUUCUAUACAUUUGCUCUUCUCGGCAAACAGAUGGGAGGUGGCCCAGAGUAUCCAGAAGGAUAUUGCUGAUGGAACGACGGUCAUAGUGGACCGCUAUUCAUAUUCCGGUGCCGUUUACUCUGCUGCGAAGGGAAAUCCCAAUCUGUCGCUUCAUUGGGCGUGGCAACCAGAGGUAGGCUUACCUCGUCCCGACCUCUGUCUUUUCCUAAGUAUAUCUCCCGAGGAAGCGGCAAAGAGGGGGGGCUAUGGUGUCGAGCGAUACGAGACUGACUCCAUGCAAAAACGUGUGAGAGAUCUGUUUCUCUCGCUGUUAGAUCUGCCGCAUAAUGAUGAAAUUUGUGUUAUUGAUGCUGGACAGUCGGUCGACGAAGUUGCGCUGGAUAUCUUGGAGCCAGUCCUAGAGUGUAUGAAGAACGUGGACUCAAUAGGCCCACUGAAAAAGCUUGGGCCCUGGACAUUUAUUCCCACGGGGGAGAGUUCAACCGGCCGGAAAGAUUAG